AUGGUGGUUGGUGAAUCAAGAAAUGAACUUUUACAGUGGAUAAACACAGUAUUAGAUCUAAACUACACCAAGAUUGAGCAGUGUGGGACCGGGGCCGUGUUUUGCCAGCUUAUGGACUCGAUAGUGGGCGGUGUCCCUUUGAACAAAGUCAAAUUUGGCGCUAAAUCCGAGUAUGACUGCCGUCAUAACUGGAAAAUCUUGCAGCAGCAGUUCACCAAGCACGAAAUCACAAAAGAGAUCAACGUUGAAAGGCUAAUAAAGUGCCGCUUGCAGGAUAACCUCGAGCUACUACAAUGGUUCAAAAGAUACUGGAAUGAACACAAGGAGAUCAACUUCAAUUAUGACGCGGCAACAAAAAGAAAAAUCAGCGGUACUCUGAGUCCUCACCAAACGGUGAAACUGAGUCGAAAUGGCACGUUUAGACCAGUGGGGACACCGGUGGAGACCCAGCUGCCCACGUUUGCCAAGCCUCCUGCAACUUUGGCGACCAGAAAUGCAUCUAGCAGUGUCAAUAAUAGCAAUAUCAGUCCCGUUAGCAAUGGUAACAACUACAGCGUUGGCAGCCCCAAUAAUAUACUUUCUUCAAACUAUGCAAGUUCCGAGAUUUCCACUCGAGUAAGGCCUAGAAAAACCUCAACGGCAACAGUUGGGUCGAGAAAUUCAACACCAAUGGGCCACCGUACAAGAAAGGCUUCGUCAGAAGCAGGUGAAAAGAAGUUAGCCUCAGCCAAUGGUAGCUCGACAAUGACUUGUGGCAAACUAAGAGAAAGUGCAGAUCCCAUGAAUCGAAUCUCCCCAAUAUAUCAAAACAUUUCCUUCACUUCGAAUGAGAGCCCUUCUACUGGUGAUAAUCUUAGCAAUGGACACAAUAAUAACAACAAGAACAGCAACAACAAUAACAACAAUAACUACAAUAAUAACGAUAACAGUCAUCAUCAUCAGCAGCAGCAGAACAGCAACAACCAUUCAGUAGUUAAACAAAUUGAAAGCUUGGAAGAGGAAAAUGAAUCGAUGAAACUCCAACUAAGCGAGUAUCGAUUAUCUUGCGACAGUUUACAAACAGAACGCAAUUUUUAUUUUAAUAAGCUACGUGACAUUGAAUUGUUUAUUCAAAGUUUACAAACUGAUCCCGAGAUUAUGUCCAGAUUGGAUGUCGCUUCCUUGUCUCAUGAAAUUGAGAAGAUGUUGUACAAGACGGAAGAAGGGUUUGGAGAUCAUAAUAGCAAUAUCGAUUUGAUCUUGGAUAACGAAUCUUUUUGA